UGACCCGCCUUGACCUCAGUUCGAGGAGACUGCCCGGACCGAGCUCCGCCGCUCGCAAGCGUCGCAAGCGAAGGCGUCUCGACCCCCCCAUCCCUCCGCUUCCUCUCGGCAUCGGCGGCUGGAGACCGAUCCACGAUGGGGUUCUGGGACAAGGCGGACAACGCCGACCCUCUGCAGAAGACCGUGGAGGCGACGAAAAUGGGCGGCAUCGUGGGUGCGCUUGGCACAGCGUAUUACCUCUGCGCUUUCGAGUCCACGACCACGGCGGGUACACUGAUGCGGUUUGGGGCAGGAACCGCCGGGAUAGCCGCCCUCGGUGCCAUCUUCAGCGUGGGCACGUGCCUCAGCGCUCAGGUCCUGAACGAGCCUGACAACGCUUUCAAUCACUUUGUCGGAGGCUGCAGCGCUGGCCUGGCUUUAGGCACCCGAGCCCACAGUUUCAGCGUGGCAUCUAUGGGCUGCGUUACAUUGGGCUCUCUGGGCGUGCUCGCAAAGGUCGGCCACCGGGAGGGCUGGCGUUUCAUUGCGCCAGCGCUAACGCAGGCUGAAGUAGACGCGCAAGCGAUUGCCCCUUCACCCAAGGCAUCGCAUUAAGAGGAUGGAAUCGUUUCAGAGUUCAAGGGCAGACAUGCAUGCACACACCGACAGACACCUGGUGUGAAUACACACAUAGGCACUUGGAUAUUGAAGCGUGCAGAUUUACAAUCUUCCUGUAUGUGCAGCACAUUCAAAGUCACUUACACAAGUUCUAAUGAAAGAUAAGUUGACAAAGACAUGUUGCCAUUUAACCACAUUGUAAAUUUUGCCUUGUAAAGAAAUCAUCUUGAAAAGAUGGUUGUCGUAUAUUGUACUGAAUCCUAAAUAAAGGUGAAUACAACAAAUGAAAUGCGUACUGAUCAAUGACCAAUCAGCAAUGGUAACCUACAGUGUUUUGGGAUGUUUAAAAAAUGUUAAAUUAUGUCAGUCUUUACAUUUUAAACAAGGUUAAUUAUGUAUAUUAUAAUGAACUACACAUCCUGGACCAACUACUGUGGUGCAACGAAGAACUUUGAAGGAUACCGAAAAUAUUUCCUACCAUAGGUUUUGUGUAUAUGCAAAACAAACCCACCUCCAUUAAAAUA